AUGUCCUCCUGGAUCCUGGCUGAGGGUCUAACAAGUGAGGUGACCUGCCCCAUCUGCCUGAACUUGUACCAGGACCCAGUGCGGCUGGAGUGCGAGCAUAACUUCUGUCGGUCCUGCAUCGCUGACUUCUGGGGGGAGCUGGAAUCUGGAUUCAGCUGCCCUCAGUGCCAGGAGACCUUCCCCCAGCUCCGGCUCAAGAGCAACCGCUUGCUGGCCAACAUCGUGGAGAGGGUGCGGCAGCUGCGACUGGACACUCCAGUUCCCUCCGGGGACCCAGGGCCAGUGCUUUGUCCCAGGCAUGAAGAGAAGCUCAAGUUGUACUGCCAGGAUGAUCAGGAGGCCAUCUGUGUGGUGUGCGGCGUCUCCAAGGAGCACAAAGAUCACCAAAUCGUCCCCAUCCAUGAGACAGUGCAGUUCUGCCAAGAGAAGCUGAAGGAAUCUUCAGUUCAACUAGAGAAGCGAGUAGAAGCGAUAAGCGGGAUCGAAGCCAGCCAGGAAAAGAAGGUUCUGGAACUCAAGGACAGGACAGAUACCAUAAAGAGGCGCAUCAUCUCGGAGUUUGAUGUGCUCCGCGUGUUCCUUCAGAAGGAGCAGGAAGAGGUCCUGGGAAGGCUUCGAGGGGAGGAACACAAGCUCCUGCAAGAGAUGGAGGAGAACCUCAAGAAACUACACAAUGAGAAAUCCACCCUGGAAACCGUGAUUGUCAAUAUUCAACAGAGACUGAGCGAGGAGGAUCCGGUUUGCUUACUCCAGGAUGUCAAAGACCUGACAGAAAGGUUGAAGCAAGGGAUGGCGAACUGUGCGGUCAUUCCCGCCAGCCGGUUGAACAUCGGCUCCUUUCAAGGACCCCUGCAGUACGCGGUGUGGAAAAAGAUGAGAAAGCUCAUCAGUCCAGUGCCAGCUCCGCUGACCCUUGACCCAAGUACCGCUAACCCCUACUUGGUCCUCUCCGAGGACUUGACCGCCGCCAAGUACUCCUACACGUCACAGCAGCUUCCUGAGAACCUGGAGCGCUUUGACUUCUGCGCCUGUGUGCUGGGCUCGAUGGGAUUCACAUCAGGGAGGCACUACUGGGAGGUGGACGUGGGCAGCCAGCCAGACUGGGAUGUGGGUGUGGCAGCAGAAUCCAUCGACCGAGAGGGCUGGGUCAUUCUCACCCCGGAGAACGGCUUCUGGACAUUCGGGCAUGUAGAGCACUCAAAGAUCGGCGUCUACCUGGACCAUGAAGGAGGGCAGGUCUCGUUCUACAAUGCCGACAACAUGAGCCACCUCCACACCUUUGCGGACACCUUCACUGAGAAGCUGUUCCCCUUCUUCUACCCUAGCGCAGACACCAACACGAAGCCUCUCAAAAUCUGUCACCAGGUUGUUUAA